AAAGGUAGCGCUCGCGAAACGGGAAUUUCGGUGAUAUAGGUGCGGUUUGAUUGACUGUGUUUUGCGCAUCGGGGCUCAUCGGAAUUGCAUCUUUGCUGCAGUGUCUGCACUGUACACUCACCUUUCUAACUAGCUCUUCUGUCGCUGCUCUCGUCGCGCGCUUGAUGCGGUUUUUGCAAGGCUCGUUCAGGAAGAGCGUCCGUCAGAACCCUCACUACUGUUGUGGUGCUGCGUACGUGUGUUGAGCAAUCUCGAGGAAAGGGCACUUCUGUCGAGAUCUCCUUUCUGACGAAGGAUUAUAAAUUUGAGCUACUACGUAUCGGCGACUACUGAGCUAUUUUUGUGCCUAUGGCCACGUGGCCAACAUGAGUACAGAGCACACUUCACAUGAUUAAGUGGAUGUAUUCAGAAAUCGCGUAUGUAUGGUGGUAGUGGAUGGAAGGUAGCUUUUGCUUUUAGUUAUGGUACCAGUAAUGAAGCAGGUAGGGGCACCUGAAGUGAAUGUGACGAAGUCAAGGAGCUGAAUAACAGAUAUUUUAUUAUCAGGGACCUCAGUGUAUGAAUUAAGCAAGCAAAAGGUCUGUCACGAUGGUGCUUAGUGGGCUUAUAAUCGGAUGGUUGGUGGGAGUGGUAAUUAUUGCCAGGUGGAGGUAUAUGAUGGACAAACGAAACAAGAAGAGAAUUCAGAAGGCUACUGGCAUAGAGCUUUUGAACGUCAUAGACGAAAUGGACCUCAAAAAGCUUUGUGAACAAAGCUUACCAAAUCAUAUUUCGUUCUUAACCUUUGAAAAGGUGGAAUGGUUGAACAAAACGCUGGAUAAGUUCUGGCCGUCUAUAGUAGAGGCCACUGAAAAGGAGGUGAAGAUGAGGCUCGGACCAAUGUUAGUGGCGUAUAAGCCUGUUGAGAUUUCAUCGCUCACGCUGGACAAGUUUCACCUAGGAAAAACGCCCCCCAAAAUUGAUGGGGUAAGAAUACAGAGGUUUCGUGAAGGUCAAGUGCACAUGGAUAUGGAGUUCAAGUGGGGUGGCAGUGGUGAAAUUGUACUCAACAUAGGUUUUAUGAGAACCAAACUGCCUGUUCAGUUGAAAAAUCUUUCCUUCUUCGCAACAAUUCGUGUUAUCUUCCAACUUUCAGAAGUGAUUCCGUGUAUCUCCGCCCUUGUUGUCGCUCUUCUGCCUAAGCCAAAAUUUCAAAUUGGUUACAAACUGAAUGUUAUCGGAGGAAACAAUGCUAACCUCCCUGGCCUGGGUGACAUGAUUGAGGAUUUGGUGAACAGUACUGUUGCGGAUCAAGUGGAGUGGCCACACAGAAUCGUAGUUCCUGUUGGCGAUACACCUGCAGACAUCAUGAGUGACUUAGGUUUAAAGCUCCAAGGCCAGUUGAAAGUUAAAGUAUUUAAGGCUGAAAAACUGAAAAACAAGGAGACUGUUGGAAGAUCAGAUCCUUACGUUUUACUGUUUGUACGAGUGCUUUUCAAGAAAAAAACUAAAGUCAUUCACAGCAAUCUGAAUCCGGAAUGGAUGGAGAGUUUUUUGUUUAAUGUCGAGGACACUGAAACUCAGACUCUCAUACUGCAGGUCAUGGACGAGGACAUUGGAGCAGAUAAGGAACUUGGCAUAGCUUCAGUGCCGCUACAUGAUUUGAAACCAGACACUGAAAUUGAGAUUACUCAAAAGCUGCUCAAAUCUUUGGACACUGCGAAGGUUAAGGACAAAAGUGAUCGUGGUUCCAUCACAAUUAGUCUCAAAUACCACCCUUACACCAAAGAGGAGCAGGUGGCUGCUAUGCUAGCCGAGCAGAACGAGCUCAAAGCAAGAGAACAAAUGAACAAUGGUGUAAUUGGAGGCGCUAUGGAUGCCGUGGGAGGAGGUGUGAAGAUGGUGGGCUCAGGAAUUUCCGCUGUUGGUUCUGGUGGAUCAAAGCUUGUGGGUACUGGUGUUGGAGCUGUAGGGUCGAGUGUGGGUAUUGUAGGUUCGGGGGUUGUCAAGGCUAGCAGGUUGGUAAGCAGUGGCGUGAAAAGGCUGUCAAGUAGCAACAGACUUGUUAGUACAACUUCAACUCCAGUCAAUGGAAGCCCAAUGCAUGAAGUGAAUGGCAUUUCGAAAUUGAAAGAGGUUUAAACUGUUGCUCUUAUGAGUUGACACAGCACAUGUGGAGUAAAUGGCCUACUCCAAGUGCCAGAAAAGUUCAAAAGCAAGUUGUGGCUGAGCCAAUUUGGAGCAUGACAUUGAUAUCAUUUUCAGCUUCAGGCAAUGUGAAGAAUGCAGGCGACUUCGAAUUCAGGAAGCUCUAAGCUUCUUUGAAGAUCAGCGUUCAACUUCAUCUUUGAACCUUCAGCUCUACCAGAGGCUCUGUGGAUUUCUUAAUCGAGUGUGCUCUUGGUGUUGUGUGAUUUUUGCUUUGUUGAAAGCUAACCAUCUUUCUCUUUAUUUUUCUUAGGGCUGAGCAUAGUGCCAUCAUAGGUUUUGUAGGACAGAUAUACUCGCCAAGGCAGCCUAGAAAUGCAAUCCAAAAUGUCAAGUAGGCUAAAUCUAGGUUGCUUUGGUCAACACGACUGUGAUUAAUCUGUUUCAGACACAUUCUGUCUGAAGGGUUAUAAUCACACGCUGUCUUUAGAGGCAGAUUCCUUUCUUAGAUUCUAAUGAGAAAGUUCAACGUGCCUAAGCACUUUCGGAGCAUAUACAUAUAUAUAGCCCCGUGCUUUGAGUUUUCUUUUAGCGUAUGUCUAAAUUAGAAUGUACACCAUUAGUGUCUGCUCGGUCUGAGAGUAAAGCUUAUUGAAACUUUCACCACAUUAGUAAUGCUUCUGCAAAUGCUAAAUCCACGCAAGUCAAUUUGCUGCUACCCAUGUGGUGCUUAUUGUAACUUUCAUGUAAAUUGAAGCCGUCGAUACUAUUUCUUCCUCU